AAAUAAAGAGGGCAAAGAAACAUUUGCUCCAUGCAUGCGCCCUUUCCUAAGACCGAGUUAUUUGUCACCGAAACCCACUCUGUCUCAUUACAACAACUUCAUAAACCAAUGUUUAUCCUUGAAGUCCAUUCAACUUUCCCAAACAAUCCACGCUCAGUUGAUCAAAUUCGGAUUCAGUGGCAUAACCUUUCUGGGUAAUCGUUUUGUGGACCUUUAUCUCAAACUUGGCUCUUUUAAUGACGCUUCCAAAGUUUUCGAGGAGAUAAAUGACAAAAAUGUUAUAUCUUGGAACAUUUGGUUGAACGGGUUGCUAAAGUUUGGGCAUUUUAAGAAAGCACAUUUAUUGUUUGAUGAAAUGCCCGAGAAAGAUGUUGUUAGUUGGAACUCGAUGAUUUCGAGUUUUGGGGUGUUGGGGCUUUGGGGUUGUGGAUUGGAAGUGUUUAAGGAAAUGCAGACUUUUGGUGUUAGACCGAGUAAGUUCACGUUUUCGAUUCUAACAACGUUUGUGUCUUCUGCUAGUCAGGGGAAGGAAAUUCACUGUAACAUGGUUACGAGUGGUGUGUGUUUGUCCAGUUUAGUGAUUGGCAAUUCGUUGAUUGACAUGUAUGGUAAGCUUGGCUUGGUAAAGUAUGCUUUUAGUGUCUUUUUGAGUAUGGUAGAGGUCGAUAUCGUGUCGUGGAAUUCAUUGAUUUCGAGUUGUUUUAAGUUGGGCCAUGAAGGUUUGGCAUUGGAACAGUUUGAUCAGAUGAGAUUGGCUGGUUUUUCCCCAGAUGAAUUUACAGUCUCCAAUGUGAUUGCUGCUUGUACUAAUUUAAGAUAUUUGGAUAAGGGUAAGCAAAUAUUUGCUGUGUGUGUCAAGAUGGGGUUUAUCUCGAAUUCCAUUGUUUCAAGUGCUGUUAUCGACCUUUUCUCAAAAUGCAAUGCGCUGGAGGACUCAGUUCGGCUUUUUGAAGAAGUGGAACUUUGGGAUUCUCUAGUUUGCAAUUCUAUGAUCUCAAGUUAUGCUAGGCAUGGCUUCCAUGAUGAUGCUUUCUUACUUAUUGUGCUUGCUUUUAGGGAGGAUUGUAGGCCUACUGAGUUCAGUCUAAGUAGUGUCCUAAGUUGUAUAAACUUUCUUUCGAUCGAGCAAGGACCCCAACUCCAUUUGUUGGUGAUAAAAUCUGGUUUUCAGUCGGAUUUAAUUGUCGCCACUUCACUUGUCGAUAUGUAUACUAAUACUGGAUCAAUUGACUCAGCACUGCAGGUUUUCUCUGAAAUACAUGUUAAAGACCUAAUAUCUUGGAAUACUUUAAUCAUGGGUUUGGCUCACAAUGGCAGAGUUGUCGAGACAUUGGAAAUAUUUAAAGAACUUCUUAGAGAAGGUCCGGCACCAGAUCGAAUAACACUUUCUGGUGUUCUAUUAGCUUGCAGGUGUGGAGCUUUUGUAGAUAUAGGAAUGCAUAUACUUUCAUCAAUGGAGGAAGAAUUUGUAGUUACACCUCGUGACGAGCAUUAUGCGUGUGUUAUUGACUUGCUCUGCCAUGCUGGUAAAUUCAAAGAAGCAUUUGAUACUUUAGAAGCAAUGCCUUUUGAACCUGGCUUUUUAGUUUGGAAAUCACUAGUACUUGCUACAGCGACUUACACCAACCUGAAUAUCACCGAAAGAGUAGCAAAGAAGAUGAUCGAACUGAAUCCGCAUUCAUCUUUACCCUAUUUGGUUCUGACUCGUGCAUAUGAGAUGAGGGGUAAAUGGGGACGUAUAAUUCGAGUCAAGAAGGCCAUCAAGCAGAGGUUGAAGAAAAGAGUCGGAUGCAGUUGGAUUGGAAUACGAAACCACGUAUUCACGUUCGAGGCAGACCGGUUACAGCACGAGGGAGGUAAAGACAUAUAUCUAAUAUUAGAACUAUUAACUUGGGAAUUGGAAGAAAGUGGCAAUAUUCAUGUAUAGCAUGAGAUAGAAGGUGCUGAAUAUAACUUCUGAUUUGUUGAUAUCUCUCGAG